GCCCAAAAAGUGGCAGUUGGGCUUGUGCGUGAUGGUGAAACUAUGGCCAUGCUGGCUGCUGGCGACUGCAGAGGCAGCAACACAUGCCCUGCAUCUGAGUGCCAAUGGUGAGGUUUGGGAUUUUCCCACGGAGCCAAGUAAGAGAAUGGUGCGGCAUGAAACUCGUGGGCCAUCAGCUUAUUUACAGCAGGACCGACAAGAUCCUGAUGCAGUGCAGAUCUUGAGCAAUAACACAGAUCGGCUUGAGGACUAUUUGAGCAGCCUAAAGCGGGAAGCAGCAGAAGCUAAUCUGGGCAUUGCGUUGGGCCUGACGGGACCGUUGCUGUGUGUCAUAGCGCUCUUCUAUAUGGUAAGCCAGAGUAUCAAUCAGGACUUGGUCACCUGUACGUGGCAGCUGCUGAGUGGCAACAUUGCCCUCUUCGCCACGGUCUUGACCUUCAUGGCCCUCAAGAAGGUCUGGAAGUUGCUGGUGGGUGACCAGGCAGAAGAGAUGGCGCUGAUUGGUGACAUCUUGGCCUUCCUGAAGUUCAUCCUCCUUCUGAUUGGCGUUCCAUUCCUGAGGUCCAAGCUAGAAGCCAGCUCCGCGGCGGGACGGUGGCUGCCUGCGCUUCGCACCACCGGGGCAUAUCUCAUUGGCUUUGCGGGUGCGGACUGCUUUGCAAACUUCCUGCGCUUGGAGCCCUUCAGCAGCGGUGCUGGUUUUUAUUUUCUGGGUAUGCUGUUGGUCUUCGGCGUUCUGAGUGCACUGCUGGCGCUGGCAUGGAGGAUCUCUCAAUAUGGACGCCCCAGUGAUGCGGCGUACGAACCCGAACGCGAGGCUGAGCAAGUCGAUGCAGCCGGCUUUCAGAUCGGCUUCCUGAUGUCCAUGUGGCUGCGCUUUCUGGUGACCGGCUUCUUACCUGGAAGCAAAAAGGAAGCUCAUCCGUUGAGCAGUCAAGAUUUGGCCUUCUUGGGUGGUGCGCUGCUCAUUUCCAUGUCGAUUUUUGCGCUGAUGAUGUGGAAGGUCCGAGCACUGGCAGAUAGCACUGAGAGGAAGCCCAUCUAUCGCCGCAUCUUUCGGAUUCUCACGGAAUCCAGCGCAAUGACGAUGGCUUGGCUGCUGAUGUACUGGGUGCAAUGGCUUUUCUGGUACUUCCACCAGAACGCGGAUGGCAGCCACAGAUCGGGACGCCAUGCGGCACUGAUGUCACUCGCGCUGAGCGAUCUGGCCGUGCCGAAAAGCGGAGCGAUCUCCGCUGGAACUCGCAGCGUGAAGCGAAGGGGCGCCCUUGGAGAGCGUGCAGCCAGCCUCAGCGUCCUGGCCCUCACUCUGCGCCGAGUGGCCACCAGGGCAGUCAGCGACAGCGCUCCAGUGCUGGCGGCCGCGCGGCGCGCCAAGCGAAGGUCGGAGUUUGAACGCACCAAGCGACAGAGUUUGUUGGAUGCUGCGGCUGUUGGUCUCCUGGGAGCCCUUUUGUUAUAUGCCAACAACGGCCAAGAGACAGCAGAGGGCUGGCUGUUGGGCGCGGUCUUUGCGGUGCUGUACCUCAUCCUGCUUCAGCAGGACGUCACUGUGAUCACUGUGGAGUCCAACCCUUUCAACCUGACCAACCCCUUUCGGAUCCUGCGCUUUCUGUUGCCCUUUGGCUUGGUCGUAGCACUGGGCCUUCAGCAUGCCUUGACGGUUGGCCCAGAGGAGUGGUGGCAGAAUGUGACUUGGCAGCCCGGGGUCAACUUCACCCGCGUCGUCGCCCCGUCGUCGCUGCUGGGCGCCCUGCUGGGCUACGUUGUGACCUCUGCGGUGCUGCCGCUGCGGGGCCUGGCCGAGACGCUGCCGGAGGCGCGGCAGCUGGUGAAGGCCGUGCCGGGCUCGCUGGGAGUUGCCUUAGAGUUGGCCGAUGCGGCCGAUACGUCGCAAAGAGUGGAGGAAGUAGUCGAGGAUGUGGAAGUGGUUCCAGUGCUACUCAUCACAGGGCCCAGGGGAUGUGGGAAGAGCACGCUGGCACAGCAACUGAUGGCAAAUGACCAUCGCUUCCAAGAGCCCGAAUGGGUCGCCACCAAGCCAUGCUCCAUGGGACGUCAGCGCCUCGUCUCGCAGAGCGACUUUCAGGCGCUGGAGCAGACGCGAUCGCUGGCGGUGUCAUAUCGCCCUGCAGGCGAUGACUUGGAAGAAGUCGAGGUGGGUUUGCCUGCCAUGUCAGUGUUGGCCACGGCACAGAAUGGAGCUUGCAUUCUGGAUGUUGACCCACCGACAGCUCGUUAUAUUUUGGCAUACAACUUUGAACCUGCUCUGUCUGCAGCCUUUCCAGAGAAGAAGACGGAACUCCGAAUUGUGACCGUUUGGGUUUCCAUGCAGUCAUUAGACGCCAUCAUGCAACGGAACCGUCGGUGGUUGGAAUCGCAGGGCUUGGAGGGCGAGCUGCUGACGGAUCAGCUGAAAGCUUUGAGAAGCCAGGUGACAUCGGAUAUGGAAUGGGCCCUGACCAACGGCCUGGAUUUCACCGUUUUAAACGAUGGAACGACGGCGAAGGCCACUGAGGAAGUCCUGAAAGCGUCGCAGGCCAUCGUUUCAACUGCCCUAGUCUAUGCUGGCCUCAUGGCCUUGGUCUUCUUAGCAAAACGCAUGGGGAAGCAGGUCUCUGAUUUCACGGAGCUGUGCAACGCCUUCGUCUUGCAGACGGGCUUCUGUUGGGAGAUGGCAAUCUAUGUGGGCUUGGUGGAUUCCACCACCAAGCUUCGCAAUCCCAACAGCAGGAGAAUUGCAGCCAUUGUUUGGAUAUGUUUCUUGCUGGUGAUGAUCAUCCCUGCGUGGUUCUGGUACAUCCUUCCCAAAGCGCAGAAGGCGGCCGACGGUAAGGCUGAGGGAGAUGCCGCCGAGGGCAGUGCACCAAAAGAGGCCGCACCCGCCGCAGCGGCCGUGCCAGCUGCACCUGCAGCAACGACACCAGCGACGCCAGCGGCACCAGCAGCAGAAGAGGCCCCGGCGCCACCAGCGACGCCGACAGAGACGAAGGAAGAAGCGCCAGCGGCAGAAGCACCAGCGGAGGAGGCAACCACGUCAUAG